UUUUUUUUUUCUCUUUUUCCUUUUCUUUCAUAUGAUGACAGACGAAGAAAGAGCGUGUACUAUAUUUGAUCUAAGCUUAGACAUUAAAUAUCUGGUGCUCAACUACCUCGACAAUCGAUCAUUAGCUUAUUUAGCACAGACAUGUAAAUACUUUGGCAUGCUAGUACGUAACAUUGUGUCUUUUCGAAGUGCCAAAGUAAACACGAUUGACGAUUUAAUGCCUACAGCACCACCCUUUCUCAAUUAUAGAGCAGGCGUAUCUGUUGGCAAUACAUUCUAUAUCCCUUUCAUGAACGAGAAUCCAUUCUGUUAUUCAUUUGAUCUUAUUGCGGGAGUCUGGUCAUCCCAUCGACUAAAUUUAAUUGACAUGACUGAAGUUCAACCACAAAUUACCUCCGCUACUGUCGUAGGCACUAAAAUUUAUUUAGUCGGCGGUCGACUGCUAAAAUCAUACACUCUUUCAAAUAGCCUCAUUGAGAUUGACAUUACCAAUUUCAACACUCGCAUGGUAACUAAUGCUCAAGGUUUACCUCCCAGACCAAGGCAUGAACACUCGUUGGACGCUAUUGGCGAUCGCUACCUGAUUGUCUUUGGUGGUUUGUGUUACAAUUCCGUCGGUAAAGAAAAAGAAGAACGACAUGUACCCCAUCUUCGUUUCGGUCAUGCUAGUGCCGUGAUUGGUCACUCUCUUUAUAUACACGGCGGUGCUCAAUUAGACAACGAUUCCACCUACAUUAUCUAUGACGAUCUCUACAAAUUGGAUUGUCAAACAUGGUCCUGGUAUAAAUAUGAACAUCCUGAAGUCGAGAAAUACCUGCGUGGUCAGAUGCUCACUCCAGGUGAUGCCCCACAACGUGAACAUCUCAUCUCAACCACAGGUGAUAGUCCUCUGGAUAGAUUUCAAUCCUACAUGGUGUCCUAUGGUAAUAAACUCAUCAUAUUCGGUGGCCAUUCUAUUCGUGAAGAUGAGGAUGAUAAUGAGAUACUAUGCAGCUAUCCAUUAGACGAGUUAUCUGUUUUUAACACAAAGAGAAAUGCGUGGACUUAUAUUACAGCAGAAACUACUGAUGAAGAGCCCAUUACUAUCUCAGAUAUGAGCGUUGCUACGUUACCUAUGGGUUCUAGAGGGGUAAGGGUCUAUGUAUUUGCAGGUAGAAAAGCAGCAGAAAUACCAAGAGUUCGAAUCGCUUCAAGAUCAAAGUUAUCUCACUCUUCAUCAUCUAAUCAUUCAGCGCAGGAUUCCUUUAAUGCUCCUCAUUUACCUAGCAUUACUGAAACCAACUCAAUCUACAGCGAUGAUGAAGAGCUCAACAAUGUAAAUGAAAUAAAGAGAUUUUUUUUUUUUAAAAAAAAAGGGAGGGCGGCAUCACACUAACAUAUUACAUAUAGACACCGAUAGAGGGUGACACGGC